AUGCAUUGCAAAGGCAUCGCCACGCCAGAGGAAGUGCCCACGCCCGAAGAGCUCGAGAAACUCGCCAACGAGAUCCUCGACGUCCUCGGCCGCUACGGGAAGCACCUCGCGCCCAAGGAGGGCGAAGAGCACGCCUCCGGCUGGAUCGGCAAGCCGAUGUUCGUGGAGAAAGUCGUCAAGCAGCUCGAGCAAGGCCAAGCAAUCAAGAUGAUCCUGCCCGCCUUCCCCUGGAAGAGCAUCAACAAAGUCGAAAAAGUCACCGGCGCCCUCCCCGACCUCGGCGAGGAGCUCGCCCUCGCCCGCAUGAACCAGCUCUGCGACGACAUCAAGGCCGUCUACCCACCCGGCGGCGAAAUCCACAUCGCAACGGACGGCGCCGUCUUCGACGACGUCGUCGGCAUCCCGGACGAGGACACGUGGGCCUACAGCGAGGGGCUGAUGGACAUUGUGCGCGCGCGCGGCUACGCCCAGAACAUCAAGAUGCUGCGGAUCAUGGACAUCCUGGGGCACACGGCGGGCAAACAGCUUGAUAAGGCGACCUACCUCAGCCUCACGAAGCAGUGCCGCGAGGAGCUGCUGGCGUCCUAUGGGCGCUCCGAGGAGGAGGUCCGUGCCAUGAUGCGCGAGGAUAGUGAUACCCUGCUGACGUACUGCGGGUUCAUCCGCUUCCUCGAGUCGGACUUGCGCCAUAGCGAGGUGGCGAAGACGGCGACCAGCGGGCAGAAGUUCCGCAAGUGCGUCAAGAAGGUGGCGAUCAACAUGAUGAUCCGCGCGGAGUCCUUCACCAAGCUCCUCCAGUCCGCAUGCCCGGACUACGUGCGCCUGUCCAUCCACCCCUCCACCGGCGCCGUCAAGCUCUCCGUCCCCCUCAUCGUCACCGGCGCCGGCGACUUCCCGCGCACGCCCUGGCACAGCUGCGUCGCGCUCUCUGUCGACGGCAACUACAGCACCGUGCACAGCAAGAGCGUGCGCGACACGCACGUACUCGUUUGCCGCGACGACGAAGGCGCCCGCCCUUAUUACUUCCGCGAGAAGUCGCCGCUCUGGGACUGGGAGGAUGAGGAGGUCGUUUUCGAGCCCCGCUACCCGAAUCGCCUUGUUGUGAGGCCGAGUAGGUCCGUUAGGGGCGCGAAGACGCUGAGUAUGCAGCAGUUGGAGUUGUUGGCUAGCUUGAGGGAGAAGCAUGUUGCUGGUGAGGUCGAGGUCGUUGGGUUUGUGAAUGCGGCGGCGGCGGCAGCAGCAGCGGCAGCAGCAGCGUCUUGAUUCCGGAAGGGGCUAUAGUUUUCGUUUUUCCUUUGUCGUCGUUUUUCUUUGCAUCGUUUACUCUCUUUUACUGUUUUAUUCGUCUUCAUUGUCUAAAGUCAUUUGCAUAGCUACAUAGACCUGCUGGUUUUUUUUUUGCGCGUCGAUGAGAACGUAGCCAAGGUUAUCCCUUGAGUAGAUUAGAAAGAGAUUUGCUUUUGUUUUCAACUUCUACUGUUUUGUUAACGUG